UGUAGAGAGGGAGAGGAAAGAGACACAUUAAAGUGAUAUUGUGGUCACUCUCAACAGUUCACAAGCCAAAGAAAAUACACUAAACUCCAUCUCUACACAUUCUACUGCAACUCUGCUGCUGCUUCUGCUUCUGCUUCUCCUUCCAUUCUCUUUAUUUGUUCUUGACAAAACACACAAACCCUUGUAUUUAUUUAAAAAUCUUGAAAGCCCAAAAAGUUUUUAGCCUAAGAUUUUACACACAGCUACAAUAAUGUUGAUGUAUGUCUACAUUAUUUUAUAAUAAAAUAUACACACUACUAUUUCAGUAGCCACUCUUUGUUUUUUACUACUUCUCUCAUCCACCCCAAGCUUUGCAUUUGCUCUCUACUGCAGCCAUGGCUACCAAAUCCAAGUUGAACAAAUUAUCCGAAACUCCGAAUAAUAAAGCAUCUACAGAAACUGUCAAUACCAAAGCAUCUGCAGGAACUCCCAAUGCCAAAGCAACUACAGGAAAUCCUAUUAGCAAAGCUUCUAAUGUGACUCCCAACAGCAAAGGAUCACCAGCAACUACUAGGAUUCCUAAAUCGAGCCGUGGAGUUGCGAAAUCUGAGACAAAUUCGCCAUCUCCCCUUCAAAGUUCACGCCUCUCUGUGGAUAGUUCUCCAAGAUCUGUCACUUCAAAGCCCUCGGUGGAUCGGCGAUCGCCAAAAAUUAGUACCACUCCUGAUAAGCAAUCGACACGGCUGUCGAAGGGAUCGGAAGUACAAGCUCAACUAAAUCUUGUCCAAGAAGACCUGAAGAAGGCAAAUGAGAAGUUAGCAGAGGUUGAGGAAGAAAAAGAGCAAGUAAUUGAUGAGUUGAAAGAAGCUCAGAGGUUAGCUGAGGAAGCUAAUGAAAAACUCACAGAAGCUCUGGUUGCUCAAAAGCGAGCAGAAGAGGAGUCUGAGAUCGAGAAGUUUCGUGCUCUUGAAAUGGAACAGGCAGGCAUUGAUGCAAGUCAAAAGAAGGAUGACGAAUGGAAGACGGAGCUUGAAGAUGUGAAGAACCAGCAUGCAUUAGAUGUUUCUGCUCUUCUAUCUGCCAAUCAGGAACUCCAAAAGGUGAAGCAAGAACUUGCAAUGACUACUGAUGCAAAACAUCAGGCACUUUCCCACGCUGAUGAAGCAACUAAGAUUGCUGAAAUUCACAUGCAGAAGGUAGAGACUAUGACAGCUGAGUUAGCCCAGUUGAAGGCUCUGCUUGAUUGCAGGAACGAGUCAGUUGCUGAAAAUAAUGACAAUACAGUCUUGGAGCUGAAAUCAACUAUAGAGACAUUAAAACAAGAACUAGAGAAAGCAAAAGAUUUUGAAUCUGAGGCCAAUAAUUACAGUAAAAUGGUGCUGCAGCUUAAAUCAGAGAUAGAUGCAUUGAAAGAAGAACUUCAGAAAGCAGAUGCUUUUUAUGAUGAGAAGCUGGCAAAAACAGAGGCUGCUGUAGAGCAACUAAAUGUUGAGCUGGAGACUGCAAAAAUUGCCGAAGCUUCUGCGAAUGGGAAAGUAAAAGACUAUGAGGUGAAGGCUAGCAAUCAAAGAAAUAUCGCGGCGGAGCUUAAAUCGGAGAUAGAGACACUGAAACAACAACUUGAGAAAGCAAAUGAACACGAGGAGAAGGUAGUGGAAGCUGAAGCAGCAAUAGAGCAACUAAACGUAGAGCUUGAGGCUGCAAGAAUGGCUGAAUCUUAUGCGCAUAAUUUGCUCGAAGAGUGGCAGAAAAGGGUUAAAGAAUUAGAGAUCAAUGCUGAACAAGCAAACCGUCUAGAAAAAUCUGCAUCAGAGUCUUUGGACUCAAUCAUGCAACAACUAGAGGAAAGUAAUGAUUUGUUGCAUGAUGCAGAAUCUGAAAUUGCUUCUCUUAAAGAAAAAGUGGGUUUAUUGGAAAUGUCAAUAGGAUCACAGAGAGGUGAUCUUGAGGUUUCCGAGCGAAAUAUUUAUAUGGCCAAGGAACAAGCAUCUGAAAUGGCAAAGGAGAUUGAAUCUCUAAAGAAUGAGCUUGAUACUGUGAAGGAUGAGAAAAUUCAGGCUUUGAACAAUGAAAAGCUUGCUGCCGAUAGUGUUCAGACGCUGCUAGAAGAGAGAAAUAAAAUAAUAAAUGAGUUGGAAAAAUUUAGGAAAGAAGAAGAGAAAAGUAAGAAAGCAAUGGAGAGUUUAGCUUCAGCAUUACAUGAAGUUUCUUUAGAAGCUAGAGAAGCAAAAGAAAAACUCUUGUCUAGUCAAGAUGAACAUGAAAAUCUUGAAACCCAGGUAGAAAAUUUAAAGCUGGUUUUAAGGGCAUCGAAUGAGAAAUAUGAGAGUAUGCUUGAUGAUGCAAAGCAUGAGAUUGAUGUUCUUACCAAUUUGAUCCAAAAGGCCGAGCAAGAUAAGCAGGCUGCCAAGGCUGAUAGGGAGCAAAGAGAGCUUCAUUUGAUGGACUGCCUCUAUAAAUCUGAAGAAGAAAGCUCUUCAAUGACAAAAGAAGUUAGCAAGCUAGUCAUGUCACUAAAAGAAGCUGAGAGUGAAGCUUCCAAAGCGAAGGAAGAAGAAGCUCAGGUAAAGAACACCCUAGCUGAAGCUGACUCUGAGAUAAAGUAUCUCAAGGAAGUUCUUGGGGAAGCAAAAGCUGAAAGCAUGAGACUGAAAGAGAGUUUGAUGGACAAAGAAACUGAACUGCAGAAUGUUAUUCAAGAGAAUGAAGAACUUCAGAGUAAAGAAUCGGCUUCUCUGAAUAAGAUCAAAGAAUUGUCGAAAUUGCUAGAAGAAGCUACAAUUAGAAAACAAGCUGAAGAGAAUGGUGAUCUUACAGACAGUGAAAAGGAAUAUGAUAUGCUCCCAAAGGUAGUAGAAUUCUCUGAACAAAAUGGACAUAGAAAGGAAGAGAAUACCAAAUUAGAGCUGCCACAUGUUCCAGAACUUGUAAAAGAUAUACCUCUGGAGGAGAGUAAUGUCUUGUAUGUCAAGGCAGUUGAUUCUGAUGCUGAAGCUGUGGAUUUGGAUGGAAAGUUUAAAGCGAAUGAAAUUAAAGAGAAGGACGAUGAUAAUUCAGUGGAAGUUGAAUUUAAGAUGUGGGAAAGCUGCAAGAUUGAGGAUAAUGAUUUUUUGGAGCCAACAGAGAAGGAAUCCGUUGAGGAAGUUGACACAAAGACAGAGAAUGAUACCUCUGACCAGUUUAAUGGAUUGUCUUCAACCGAAGAUCCUUCAGUACUUCUGGAGAAUGGUGGAAGCUCACCGACAAAAGAACAUAGUCACAAGAAAAAGAAGCCUUUGCUCCACAAAUUUGGGAGCUUAUUGAAAAAGAAGAGUCCUAGCAGCCAGAAGUAAAGCAGACCAGCUACGGCUUGGUAUUAUGCCUUUGUUAGAGAUGUAUAUUGGCUAUAUCUUGGAUCUGAUUGUGUUUAUUAAAUUACAUGUUUUCCAUUUCUUGUUUGCAGAACUGGAAAGAACUUUACCAAGAUGCUUAUAUUUUUUUUUGUUCCUGUUCUUGGAAUAUCUUGUAUGUGGUGAAGAUUGUAUUUACUCUUUCA